CGGCAUAGAUGCCUCUGUGCCUCUCUCAUGUGUAAACAGCAUUGCCGAGCGCUGACACAACGCAGGCGGCCGCGGCACACGCAGGCGCCCCGGGGCUGCCACCGGCCCUUCUGGGGGUCCCACAACGGGGUGAAGUUGCUGGGUGCAGGCAGGGGUUGGCUCAGCAGCCCAGAAAAUGCUGGUGGCCAAAGGCCGGGUGCUGCCGUACACCUGAAGCACGAGCAGGUGGUUGCAGGGCUCCUCUGGCAGGUCCUGAGGGACCGGCCACACUGCAGGACAGCAGCCGGCACCCCUCCGCGGCCAUGGAGCGGGCUCCAAACCUGCUUCUCCUCUGCAUCUUCACCUUCGCCAUGGUCCUGGUGCCCGAAGCCAAGGACCAGAGCAAGGCAGCCAAGGGCAGGAGAAGGGGCCUGGCACGGCCACCUACGGCCACCCCUGCCCUGGCCUGGGCCCCGGAUGACCCCUACAGCAGCAUGGCAGAGUACGAGCACAGCAUCCAGGACAUGGUGCGCCAGCUGAGGAAUGGCUCCGAGCCAGGGGACACCAAGUGCCAGGUGAACCUGAGGCUCUGGAGGUCCAACCGGAGGAGCCUGUCCCCCUGGGCCUACAGGAUAAACCACGAUGCCACACGGAUCCCAGCAGACAUCCCCGAGGCACGGUGCCUCUGCACUGGCUGCAUCAACCCCUUCACCAUGCAGGAGGACCGCACCAUGGCCAGCAUUCCCAUCUACAGCCGGCUGCCCGUGCGCCGCCUGCUCUGCCCGGGCACGGCCGAGGCGGGGCACAGGCCCUCGGGGAAGAAGAAGUGCCACAAGAAGUACCAGAUGGUGAUGGAGACCAUCGCUGUGGGCUGCACCUGCAUCUUCUGAGGCUGCACAGAUACCCCCUGCAGCUCCCCGUGGGCAUCUAACCAGCUUGCUCUUGCUUCCCGAGCUUGCCCAACCCUUUGGGAGAGGUCACCUGGCUGGGCACCAGGGUGAGGGGAGCCCCUGUGCGAGAGCUCCUCAAAAUUCCCCUGCAGACUCCGUCAGCCUCAGCCCCAGCAGCCACUCUGGGGACACCCAGUGCAGAGGAAGCCCCUGCGAAUCACCCAGCCAGACACCCACUGCCCCGAGGCUUCAGGGCAGCUACGGGCUGGGGGAGAGGAGGAGGCAGCUGCCCAUGGUCCCUCUGGCUGGGCACGACCAGGAUCAGGAUCGGAAUCAGGUCUCCUCCCUUCCCAAAGUCCCUACUUCCCUUUGUUCGCUCCAUCGCUGCAACGGCUCGGGCAACACCCAGCCCUCCUGUCCUUCCCAGUCCUUCCCAACCCUCCUGUCCUUCCCAGUCCUUCCCAGCCCUCCCACAAGUUCCUCUGUGCCAGGCUGGGCAGUCCAAGGAGUGGGGAGAGCUGCUGGUGGUUUGGGCAGCUUCUGAAGUCUCAAUAAAACGCAUUG